CCUGCUCAACUGCUGCGAAUUUGCAUAUGUGCUUCAAAAUCAAUCGUUAGUUGCACCUGAUAUCAAUCAAGCGCUUCACGAAGUGCCAUGGUGAAGCUCCUGCUUUAUGUUGACAACCAAACUCCUGCACAGCCAUAAAACAUAUCGAGCCAAGAUCUUUAGGUGGUCAAUAGUUUUAGAGUUUAAGAAACAGCAUGAUCAAUGAAUCAGCUCACUCAUGUCGGUUUCUUCUGCACAUAAGUAUGCACCAAAUUCCAAUAAUUGCAUCAUCACCAGCCUUCAUCGACACUGAUCCUAAUAAAUCUCUCUCCUUCUCUAUGUCUCUCUCUCUGUCACUCUAGCCAUGGCCAUCUUCUCUAGAACGGUGAAGAUGAUUUUGGUGAUGGGGUUUCUGCUUGCUACUGCUGUCACUUGCCAGCAGCUCUCUCCUUCCUUUUACAGGAACAGCUGCCCACAAGCGUUGGCUGUGAUAAGGAAUGUGGUUUCCAAAGCGGUUGCCGAAGAACCAAGAAUGGGAGCCUCACUUCUCCGCCUUCACUUUCAUGACUGCUUUGUCAAUGGGUGUGAUGGUUCAGUGCUUCUGGAUGACACCCCAACCUUCAGUGGGGAGAAAUCUGCCCACGCUAACAUGGGCUCCACAAGAGGGUUCGAUGUCAUAGACAAGAUCAAGACAGCAGUUGAUGCCGCCUGCGGUGGCGCCAUUGUCUCCUGCGCCGACAUACUUGCCGUUGCAGCUCGUGAUUCAGUAGUCCUGCUGGGUGGGCCAUCAUGGACUGUUCAACUGGGAAGGAGAGACUCGAGGACUGCUAGCAAGGAUGCUGCAAACCAUAACCUCCCUUCUCCUGCCGCAGAUAUAGCGGUUCUUUUGAGCAACUUUCAGAGUAAAGGACUCGAUGCACAAGACCUCGUUGCACUCUCCGGAGCACACACGAUCGGCCUAGCUCAAUGCCGAUUCUUCAGAAACCGGAUCUAUAAUGGCACCAGCAUGAAUCCCCUGUUCUUGAGCCCACUGCAAUCAUCUUGUCCUGCAGCCGGCGGGGACGAUAACACCGCACCUUUGGAUGUCUUGACACCAAUGAGCUUUGACACAGCCUACUAUGCAAAUCUACUGUUGAACAGAGGCCUGCUACCUUCUGAUCAGGCGCUCCUUGAUGGUGAUCUUACAAGUCGAGCAGUUAGGCAAUAUAGUUUAGUUCCUCUUCUUUUCUCAGUGGAUUUCACCCGCGCCAUGGUGAAACUGGGAAAUAUAAGUCCCCUAACUGGAACAGAAGGCGAAAUUAGACAAAAUUGUAGGAAGAUUAACUAAGGGAGAAAACGGACAUCUCUUUUGAUGAUAAGAAAACCAGCUAGAAUGCAGACACUCAGUGGACCAGCCAAGAUGAUGGGAGUUAAUUUAUGUAAUGUUGAAGCGAGGUGUGAUCUAUCUUUUGAGGACAUAUGGUCGUUUGUGCAUUUAAGUUAUGAAGUUCUUUAUGUAUUAUUUGUUGGAUUAUUGAUAAGAUAAAGACUUCAACCA